AUGGCAGAGCAGAGCCCCAAGACUCCUGUAUAUUUCGUGUCCCAUGGAGGACCAAACCUAAUGGAAGAUACGGAUCACCCGGCAUAUAAAAAGCUGCAAGAGAUCGGCAAGGAGAUCACGAGCAAGGUUAAGCCAAAAGCAGUGGUUCUCUUCUCCGCUCAUUGGCAAGGCCGGAAUGAUAAGGUGCUUGUGAACACAGCUGAGAUCACCGAUUUGAUUUACGAUUUCUAUGGCUUUCCUGAUUGGUACUACUCCGUCAAGUAUCCUCACGUAGGAAGCCGGGAACUCGCGCAAAAGGUCAUGUCAAAGCUUGAGACUGCCGGAAUCGGCUAUACGCCAGUAACCCGCGGCCUUGACCAUGGUGCUUGGCUUCCGUUGCUUAUCGCAUUCGAUCCCGAGAAGAAUCCGCUCAAUGUCCCUAUUGUCCAGGUCUCUCUCUUCAAAAAUGAAAAUCCAGACGAGCAUCACAGACUCGGAGAGGCUGUGGCAUCUCUCAGGGAGGAAAAUGUCCUUGUUCUGGCAUCCGGAAUGGCGGUACACAACCUGAGGGAUCUUUGGUUCUCCAUGGGCCAGGAUCAACCAAUGCCGUAUGUCUAUAGCUUUGAUGGUGCCCUGAAAGAUGCUGCUACAGCCGAGCCGGAUCAAAGGAAGGCAAAAAUGGCGGAACUGCUGAAACGUGGAGAUGCCCGUCAAGCUCACCCAACUUUUGAGCACCUACUGCCCAUUCAUAUCGCGGCGGGGGCAGCGGGAAGCGACCUUGGGACUCGCCUCUUCACCAUGGCGGACGGAAGUAUGAGCUGGGCGCAAUAUCGAUUCGGGGAUUUGACGGUGAAUGAGACGAUUGCGGCGAAGUUCUAG